GGCCGUUCACGUCCAAUUUCCUAUUAGGAAACUCGUAUUUCCGAUAGCACGUGAAGGCAGCAUUAAUCACACCCAGGAGCAGGAAAAUAUCUGAGGAUAUAUGAAGAGACUUGUGCAGCGCAUGUAUCGUCUGCGCAUGCGCGAUCCGCCUCCUGCAAACAUCAUGGCGCAGCAAGAGCCGAAUGGAGAUUUUCCAUAUUUACCUUCAGGGGCGGCCGAGGUGAACCGAAUGAUAAAGGAGCACAGUGACUUGUUCUCUGAUUCUCAAUGUAAAGUGUGUAGCGCGGUCUUAAUCUCAGAAUCCCAGAAACUUGCACAUUACCAGAGCAAAAAACAUGAGAGCAAAGUACGCCGGUACAUGAGCAUUCAUAGUAAUGAGGAGCCCAUCGCAAAACGGUUCAAGCCUUCAGGUGAUUGUUAUGUUUUGCAGACAAUUAAUGUCGACGAAGGGGACAAAUACAAAGCCUGCAAUGUGUGCAACAUGACAUUCUCUUCUCCAGUAGUGGCACAGUCACAUUACCAGGGCAAAGUUCACUCCAAGAACCUUCGCUUGAAGACCUUUGGUCAGCAGACUCCUGCAUUACCUCAGCCCAAAGCACAGGUGAAGAAGGAUGAAGGGCUACCUGAAGGUGGGCAGGGGCCAGCAAAGCGGGACCCCAACCGCUUCUGCUCCAUCUGUCAGGCUUCCUUCAACAAUCCCCUCAUGGCUCAGCAGCACUACAAUGGCAAGAAACAUAAAAAACACCUGACUAAACAGAAGCUGAUGGAGACCUAUGGGCCGUCCUCUGCACCAGCCUCCACACUGAAGGGCUACCCAUGUACUGUGUGCAAUAUUGAGCUGAACUCUGUGGAGCAGUACCAGGCCCACAUCAGCGGUUCCAAACACAAGAACCACGUCAAACUCAAGAAAGGGCCAAAUGUAUUUCCCGGCCCCCCUGAGAACUACCAGCCCGAUUUCCAGUAUCCACCCAACCAGGAAGGACCAGAGGACGUGGGCGACUGGGACAGCUUCAACGAGGGCUAUGAGUGAGAAGACACUGUCAGACUCCGCUGCACUCUUCUCAUUUGUGACAAGCUUCCUCCGUUUAGGCACAGGUCAAUGUGUGUCUGCACUGUGCAUCUCCUAAGGCCAGCUUUUCACCACACUACAUCUCUUCCUGUCUAUUCUUGUCGCUCUCACACACAGUUGAGGGACCACAAUAAACUUCCACAGCUUUUUUUUUUUUUCACUCAAAAA